AUGGAGCAGUCGGCCGCCGAAGUGCAACGGGCCGCGGCGCAGCUCUCGUUGUGCAAGGUGGAUUGGCUGCGGUGCUACGAGUCCGCCGCUGGGCAGGACGUGCUUGGGAGCGAGGCCUUGCGCAAUGCUCGCGAUGAUGCAGAGGUGGAGGCUGUGAAAGCAGCGGCCGUGGCACAAUCUACACAGAUGGAUUGGACGAUUGUCGCAUCCUCCCAGUGUGCCAUGUCCGGACCCACGCAUGGCACAGCACAAGGGGCACAUGGUAUGCUUGGCACUGCUCGGAGCGGUGUGCAUGAGGGGCAUGGCAUGGCAGAUGGUGCACUUCAUGACGCGGUCAGGACCGUUUCACCUGCCUCACAUGGGGAGGUCGGCGAUGCGCAUGGCCAUGGCGCAUCAGGUGACUUCGCCACCGCCAAGCACCACUUGGAGCAUCGGUGGAUGGAGAAGACGGCCUUUGGCGCCGCCGAGCGCGUGGUGGAACGCAUGACCGAGAGGGUGGGCGAACGCCUCGCCGAGCGUGUGGGGGAGCGGAUGACGGAGCGCGUGGGGGAGCGCUUGGUGGAAGGCGUCGGCGAACGCUUGGCUGAAAGGAGUGCUGAACGCUUGGUGGAGAGGGGCAUGGAGAGGGGUGCAGAGAUCUUGGGCCGGAUCGCCUUGCAGCGGGCGGGCCAGGGAGCAGCAAGACACAUUGUUGGGCGUGCCAUCGGCGAGUCCUUGAGGAUGACGGAGCAUGCGACCAUGCAGGCGUUGAAGGCCUUGAGAGUUUUAGUACCCUUCGUUGGAAUGCUUUUCGUGAUCCACCUGGCUGAGCAUGACUGGCACAGGUUCAUGGAGGAGUGGAAAGCACGGAGAUCCGUGAGCUGCAGCCUUUUCGCAUUGGCACUUCUGGGAGAUGCCAUGGAUACCUUGGCACAUGUCUGUGUGAUUUCGGCUGGGUUGGUGCACAUCGACCAUGACUUCUUGCACAGUACUGAGAAUUAUGGCAUGGGCUUCGCGGUGAUGGCCUGCUGCUCCGUGGUCGCUGGUGAGAUCUCCUCCGCCAAAGCGCAACGGCGGGAGCUGAAGCGGACGCUUGGGGGCAUUGGUGCGUCAGAGGCUCCUGAGACGAUGAGUUUAUACUACGCCCCUGGACAUGACAUGAUGGCAUGUCUGGAGAACAACGUCAACUGCGGCACAGCGAGGUUCGUGGACCAUCGUCCCGGGAAGUUCGGACGCCGCGUCUUCACGGCCUUCAUGUUGGCCUCGGUCUUGUUCGCGACGACCAUGCUCUUGGGCUAUGCCACCUUCGGAGAUCGUGCAGAGGGGGUUGUGUUGAACAACUAUGCAAAGGAGGACAUGCUGGCCAACAUUGCUCGCUUCGGCAUGGGCUUUGCCAACGUCUUUAGCCUGCCACUGAUGUUUAGUGGUCUUCGAGAGGCCACCUUGGUCUUGCUGGCCACUGCCGUGCCAGACACUGUCGUUUUCGAUCAAGUUUGGUUCCAGAAUGCCUUGAGUGCCUUGAUGCUUGGUGUGAUUGCUGUCUUGGGCAUCAUCGUGACAGAUGUAAGCACAGUGAUCGGGUUGGUUGGUGCGAUUUGUGGAUCCGCCAUUAUUUACGUAAUCCCAUGUUUGCUCUUUGAUCGUGCAAGCUCGAAAUUCUUGGGCGGGAAGCCUCAGCGGGCGAUGAACAUGUCAGACGGGAACUUCUCCAGAAGUUGCUUCAGCGCCCACGUUGCGCUUUGCUUAGUUCGAUGGACCUCGCCCGGGCGAAGGGGCAUCUUGUGGGACAGAAGCCAGGGCAGCCCCUUCGGAUUCCACCGCAGCAUCUCGAUCCCCCUCAAAAACGCGCGUGCUGGAUGUCGCGGGCGUAGUGGCCGACUCAUGGCGGGCGGCUUCAAUUUCAACCCCGCAGCCUACCGAGAGCUGCGGCAGCAAAGGCUGCAGGGGAAAGGUGGCAAGGGCAAAGGGAAGGGCAAAGCCAAAGGGAAGCUUGCUUGGAAGAAGUUGAAGGCUAAGGCUAAGGCAGCCAAGGCAGCCAAGGCUGAAGUGCCAAAGGCCACAAGAGAAUCGGGGUCAGGUGAGGAUGAUGCGGAGUCAGAGGAGGUCUUUUGGCAGCCCACCUGGGACACGCUGGGCCCGAUGGAGGAGGUCAAGGACAAGGGCGAGAUGAAUCGCUUGGGGCGAAAGCGUGAAAAGGCAGGGAAAGACGACUUUGGAUUCAAUGUGAUUCUGAAUCGAGCACCGGCCAUGCGUUCGCAGAAGAGUUUGCAAGCGCCAGAAGAUGAGCCAGAGGCCCCGGCCCAAAGCCGGCGAGCGCGCGCGCAGCAGCGUCGUCGACAGCGGAAGUUGCUGGCGAUCCAGAAUGGUGAGGCGCUGAUCCGAACCGAGCAGGAAGACACGAUGGGCAAGGGCGACUUCGCGGAGGCAGCGCUAAAGGCACGGGGAGACCACCGCUUGGAAGCCUACAUCCGAGGUGGAAAGGAUCCCGAAGAAACGCACUUCGAUGAGUUGGAUUGGCUCAUCGGUUUCUCUGAGCUGUGGCUCUACGCGCUCCGCAACGCGCGUUUGGCCCUGAGCACGGCCGCGACGACCACGGCAACGGCUCCGAGCGCCAGUCCUCUUUCCUCGCUGCGUCGAGCCGAGCGGCAGCUCCUGGCAGCGCACGGGCGCGAAGAGCGGCAACGCCGGGCGUUUCAAGAUGCACGAAUCACCUUUGAUCAGCAUGCCGCUGAGCUACGUGCCAUGGCUGAAGUGAAUGCCACUCGAGAAGUGCUAGCGAGUAAGCACAUCCCACUGCCGGCAGAAGCACAGCUCAACCGGUCAGUGCGCCUAUCCAACGGUUUGGAUAUGCCUCGGCUGGGAUUGGGCACCACCAUGCUGAAUGGGGAGAAGGGAAAGGAAGCCAUAUUGGAAGCCUUCCGCUUGGGAUACCGCCUGGUGGACACUGCACAGUCCUACGGGAACGAGGCAGAGCUUGGCUCCGCCUGGCGUUCCUCCGGCUUGCCGCGCCACCAGCUCUUCCUCGUGACGAAGCUCUCAGAGGAUGAAGGCUGCCGUCGAAAGAGGGCCAAGGCCCUGGUGAGGCAGCAGUUGAAACUGAUGCAGACCAACUACAUCGACCAGUACAUGCUCCAUGGCCCCUGUCCCGGGAUGUAUGGAGCAUGGAAGGACCUGGAAGAGCUCUACGACGAGGGUGUGGUGCGGUCCCUGGGUGUGUCGAACUUCAACCUGGAAGAGCUGAAGCGAUUCAACAGUCAUGUGCGCGUGAAGCCACAUGUGGUACAGAACAAGUUUUCCAUCUACCACCGUGGAUGGGCCCCAGUGCAGACGCAGGAUGUAGCUCAAAAGCUGCUGAGCUGGGGAGUGGUGCUGAUGGGCUACUGUAACUUGGACGCGUAUCCUCAUGUGCUCCAGCCACUUGAAGAUGUCCAUGUGAAGAAGAUCGCCCAAAAACACCACCGCACGGUGGCACAAGUGCUGCUGCGCCACGCCUUGCAGCACGGUACCGUGGUCAUCCCAAAGUCCGAGCGUGCAGAGCGUUUGCGGGAGAACGCUGACAUUUUCAGCUUCCAGUUGUCUGCCGAAGAGAUGCGCCUCUUGGAUGCGUUGCCCUUAUUGGCAUAUCACUUCAAGAAACCCAAGUACAUUGAGGACGUCUUCCGUUGGAACUCCAAAGAAGAGCUCUAA